ACUUAUGGAGAAACUAUGGAGCAUUUUAGUGAAAUAACCCAAAAUAUCUGCAAUGUCAUUGAAGCAAUAUUCAUCCAUGGCUUGAGAGAUCCUUUUUUCGUCAAAGGAUCGCGAUACGCUAAAUACCCGGAACCUAACAUAUGGCCUUUUGUAUCAAAAUUCUCGGAGAAGAAAAUAAUUGAAGAGGUUAAUUCCUUAAAACAAAUACGAUCGGAGAUAGGACGUGGAAGGGUUGGUGUUUUGCUCAGGUUUUACCGCCCAUUCUACUUAUCUUCAUUUUGA